AUGGAUGACUACUAUUUCCUGGACGCCUAUGAACAUUCCGAAUCCUCUGAGGAAGAACUCCAGUCUGGCGAGGAAGAGGAGACCGAAUUGUUUGAUUUGUACGCCCAACGAGGGACGUCGGUAUCGCCCUCACCCUCACUUUCAACUGACUACGACGACGAAACAUCAGAGGACCGUGUCACCGCCGCGGAGUGCGAAACUGACGAUAACGAGUCGGAAGAUAUUACCACCCCGACAACAGCACAGCCCAAACGGACUGUUCACUUCAAGACUCCAGUUGAGGACGCAGUGCCGGGGGUCGAUGUGUUCCUUGAAGAGGACGGACAACGUCACGGUGAAGGGGACGCGGCACUACACCCAAAGCACCCACCGCAGGUAGUGCAUGGUCGAAAUAUGGGAGAAUGCUCAGAGUAUCUGAGCGACCACCGCUAG